AUUUCAGCAAAGGCUGUUCCUGCCCCCCGAAUUAGCGUACACACACGCAACCUCCAGGAUGACCUAAAUGACUUCCUGGCCCUCAUCCCCGUCGACGAAAUUGUCGCUAUCGUGCUCGACCACUUGGCCAACGACCCUGAGGUGCAGGCUGCUGUUCAGUACAUACUCUCUGAUGACUUCAAGAGUAUUGUCCUGGCCAUCGACGCUCUCCCAGAAUACAUUGAUUUCCUCAACUACCUGCAAGAGUCCGGCCUCGAUGUCUACAAAUACGUGAACGCUCUACACGACUUCCUGGGACUGCCCCAGCUUACUCCUCCAUCCAAGCUGAGACACACCAGGAGCAUCCGUUCCAUGGUCGACGAGGUUCUCGCCAUCUUGCCACUGGACGAACUCCGGGCUCUGUUCGACGAGAAGCUGGAAACCAGCCCCGACUUCAAGGAGCUGUACGACAGGAUCAGGUCUCCCGAAUUCCAGUCGAUCGUGGAAACUCUGAACUCGCUGCCAGAGUACCAGGAGCUGCUUCAGAAACUGAGGGACGCUGGCAUCGACGUCGACGCAUUCAUUGACCUGAUUCGCGGUCUUUUCGGCCUGCCAACAAGUACCAGCAACAAGAUUCGACUCCAUGUAUCUGCCAAGAAGGCCAACCGCAACCUCCAGGAUGACCUCAAUGACUUCCUCGCCCUCAUCCCCGUCGACGAAAUUGCCGCUAUCGUGCUCGACCACUUGGCCAACGACCCUGAGGUGCAGGCUGCUGUUCAGUACAUACUCUCCGAUGACUUCAAGAGUAUUGUCCUGGCCAUCGACGCUCUCCCAGAAUACAUUGAUUUCCUCAACUACCUGCAAGAGUCCGGCCUCGAUGUCUACAAAUACGUGAACGCUCUACACGACUUCCUGGGACUGCCCCAGCUUACUCCUCCAUCCAAGCUGAGACACACCAGGAGCAUCCGUUCCAUGGUCGACGAGAUUCUCGCCAUCUUGCCACUGGACGAACUCCGGGCUCUGUUCGACGAGAAGCUGGAAACCAGCCCCGACUUCAAGGAGCUCUACGACAGGAUCAGGUCUCCCGAAUUCCAGUCGAUCGUGGAAACUCUGAACUCGCUGCCAGAGUACCAGGAGCUGCUUCAGAAACUGAGGGACGCUGGCAUCGACGUCGACGCAUUCAUUGACCUGAUUCGCGGUCUUUUCGGCUUGCCUACGAGGAAAUUGUAAACAAUGACUUUCAACUGUUAAAUACAAUGUGCUAUUGCCUAUGGUGUCCAUUACGGGAAGACUCAAGUGUUGUUUUCUAACUAUGAGCACGUGAAUAAAUUAUUUUCCAGGAAAA